UUUCAAUCGCUUGUCAUCAGUCAUUACCCAUCAUCAUUAAAAGUCUGAUGAUUUGUUGAGGCUUAAACGUCACAUCUUUUUUAUUUUUCUUUAUUUUCUAGAAUUUCUUUGCGUUUAGCCUUAAUUUGUGUUCAGUCUCAUUUUGUUUGAGGGCAAAAUGGAGAAUCCAUCAGGCUCUAGGCCUACAUCCAAACUGGAGCAAACCCAGCAACAGGUUAAUGAAGUUGUGGGGAUCAUGAGGGUCAAUGUGGAAAAGGUGCUGGAAAGGGACCAGAAACUAUCCGAAUUAGAUUCCAGGGCCGAUGCUCUACAAGAAGGUGGCAAACGGUUCGAGCAACAAGCCCAAAAAUUGAAGAGAAAAUAUUGGUGGAAAAAUAUUAAAAUGAUGAUUAUUAUUGGAAUUAUUGGGGUCAUUUUGUUAAUCAUCAUUAUUUUUGCUAUUACUGGUGGCAGCAAGACAAGUGGUGACAAAGACACUACAAGUGAACAGCAAGCUGCUAUAACACAUUCGCCUUAAUUGCCAGUCGCUUGAACCAACAUUUAUUACAUGCUUAUGUAUAUCAUAGGUUCUGAGAUUUGAAAGCUGACUAGAAGUUAUUCAGUAUAUUUUGGUAUUAGGUUGUUUUUUUUAAAUUUUAUUAUGGGCACAAUUCAAUUUGAGAAUUUAAAAACAUAGUUCUUGGGCAAUAUCUACUACACAUGUUGAUAAGCGUCAAAUUAAAGCGGCUUGAGUGUCUUAUUAACAAGUCACCCGAAAAGAAAAUUACUUAUAUUGUAUUAUUAGAGUUUAAUAUAGUUAUUGGAAUUUGGCCCACGCCAGGAAUGUAAUUUUACUUUCAUGGUCCUGUUAGGUCUAUAUAUCUAUAGGUUGGUUGAUAAAUUUAUUCAGAGAAAUUGUCAUUAUGCAUUAGAGUUGUUAAUUUUGUCUCUUCAUAUGAAAAAUAUCAAUGUCGCUAAAUGUAACUUAAGUGCCUUAAUAAUUAAACCUAUGCGCACAGAUGCAAUUUUUUAUGGCUGUCUGUUCUAUUGAACAAUUUAAAAAGUAACUCUAAUUAUCAGAAACAUUAAAUAUUCAUACAAAUAUAUGUACAGUACAGUUUUUUCUAAGGUUUUGCAGGUUUAUGCUAAAUGUGGUUUGCAUUUAUUGGUAUGAAAAUGUCGAUAUCGGUUGGUCUAGUUCAAUAUGUUUAUAAACUAUAAGUUAAAGUGAAAUCAUGUGUCCGAGUUGAUUUGAUUGAUUACAGGUGAAAAUAUUCAUGCCGGUCGUUUUUCAGUUAAGAUUGAUGGGGAAGUAAUAUUUAUAUAAUUUAUAUUGCUAUUUUAAUUAAUAUAUUUUUCAUAUGUAAACUUUCAUUUUGUUUCAUAUCCAAAGUUUAUAACUUUAUGCAAUAUUAUGUACCCUAUUGCUUCAUCAGUUCUAAGUUAUAGAGAAAUAUCAACUACAUUUUUUUUGUUAAAAGUGGGAAUUUCAAGAUUAAAUACUUACUACUAAAAUUAGACACAUUUUUCUCUCUGGGACUUAUAUUGUGUAUAUUCAACGUUGUGUGAUUCUCCCUUAAUAUUGAUGAAUAUGUAAUAUAUGUAAUUUAUUUAAUAAAAA